GUCCAGCGCGCACCGUCCAGGAGACUCCACGGGCUGGCGCGCGAGUGGCCGCGUGCCACGCUUGUCACGUGACGCGCCUGUCACGUGGCGCGCCUGUCACGUGGCUCACUGCUACCGGUUUCGUGGUUGCUGGUCCCCCUCACGGCCGCCCGUCUCGUGCGCGUGGCACGGUGCCCGGCUUCGUAGGCGCUUGCUAACUCGCUGCGACUGAACAGCACUUGCCCCAACAGUCUGUUACAGGCUAUACGGGGGGGGGGGGGGAUCUUUGCCUGCGGAGACAGUGGGAGAGAGAGAGGGGGGGAGGGUGUUGGGAGAUGACGGCGGUGACGGAGGAGGCGGCGGCGGCGGCGGCGUCUCGUUGCUGCUGCGCGGCGGAAGCGGCCGCGGCGCUCGCCCUGCUCUGCCUGGCCGCGCUGCUGCUGUUGGCACUCGUGGCUCACAUGACGGCGUCCGGAGAGACAGAGCUGUGGCUCGGCAAGCAGGAGCCGCAAUUCCUGGACCCGGUCACCGGUGCCCGGCGACUCUUCCCAACGCGCCACGAUCCGGCGUCGCUCGCCCUCUCCGUCAUCGUCCCCGCGUACAACGAGGAGGAGCGCAUGCCAGCCAUGCUGGAUGAAGCUAUGAAAUAUCUAGAAGACAGAAAGAAACGCGAUGGGAAGUUCUCGUACGAGCUGAUCGUGGUGGAUGAUGGCAGCAAAGAUAAAACGACGGAGGUGGCGCUUGGCUACGUGGAGCGCUUUGGGGCGGAGAGGGUGCGGGUGCUGACACUGCAGCGGAACCGCGGCAAGGGCGGCGCCGUGAAGCGGGGCAUGUUCUGUGCGCGUGGAGAGUCUCUGCUCAUGGCAGACGCCGAUGGAGCCACCAAGUUCCCCGACCUGGAGAAACUGGAGGCGGCGCAAAAGGAGAUCCUGGGGAGAGAGCCGGGUCUCCUGGCCAUCUCCUGUGGGUCCCGUGCCCACCUAGAGCAGGAUUCCAUCGCUCAGCGCUCCUACUUGCGCACGCUGCUCAUGUACGGCUUCCACUUCCUCGUGUGGCUGCUGUGCGUACGGGGGGUGCGCGACACGCAGUGCGGCUUCAAGCUGCUGAGCCGCGCCGCCGCCCUGCGCACCUUCUCCAACCUUCACGUCGAGCGCUGGGCCUUUGAUGUUGAGCUCUUGUACAUCGCACAGUGCCUGAGCAUCCCUGUCGCGGAGGUGGCCGUCAGGUGGACAGAGAUUGAGGGAUCCAAGCUGACUCCCUUCUGGAGCUGGGUGCAGAUGGGCCGGGACCUGCUCUUCAUCCGCCUGCGCUACCUGACCGGCGCAUGGAGACUCGAGCCCGUCGACAAGCAAGAGUGACUUGGCGGUGGACAGGGAACCUUGCCCGCUCUUGCUCUCUCGCCCGCCCGCCUCAUCCGCUUGCCCACGCGUGGGCCGACAAGGCCGCACGAGAGCGUCUCGUUUGGAACAGCGCGUGCGUUUGGAACAGCGCGCGCGUUUGGAAGUUGCCUCUGGGGCGGGCGGGCGGGGGGGGGGGGGGUGGUUAUUCCGUGGGCGACUCCAACGAGGGUUUACACGAAACUGCAGAGCACUUCGUCAAAGCCCUUUGCACUGGGACGCGCGCUUGGGGGCAGCGGUGGCUUGACGCGGGCUUCCUUGCCGCGCCGCCGCGCGUGGGCUUGAGGGCCACGUGAUCUACGAAGGUUCUCGUGUCGUGUGGCCUUUGCGGGGCCGUGGCCAAUAUGUGGGUUGUAGUUUUAUUUUAUCGAGGGUGAACCGGGGGUGGGGUUAUAUUGGUGAUGCUGGGAACGCCACUCUUCCUGUUUUUUCGAUGGCAGGCGUGAAGAUAUGCGGGGGGGGGUGGUUGGGUACAUCAUUACUGAACCAAUGUUUGUAUAAAAAUGAUCUCGUGCGGUCUUGACGGACUGUGGGUUAUUAUGAUGUGGGUUUAAUAAAUAAAUGUAACAUGAUCUGUAAUGCCACCACAAUAUAAAUAACAUUUAGCUCCAUCAACCCGAUCGGCACCUUGGAUGAAUGUUCUCCAGUAGUAUUUGCUUGUGCUGGCAAACUCCUGGCCGGUUUUCAACUCUCUCAUGCUCGUCAGCAAGCUUGUGGCUUUUUUAAAAACAGAUGCCGCUGGGAAACUGGUCCAGACGACCAAUAUGCCAAUGGGACCCCUAAACGUUAUUUUUCGGUGGUGAAACAAGACUGCCGACUGUUCAUUUACUGAAAUUAAUUUAUGUAUUAACAUUUCAAAUUAAAUCCUGUACACUACGCACACGUGGAGUGUCCUUGACGUUGCAGCACACGUGCGUGCACAGAGGCAUAUGCGUGGAGUAACGCAAUGCAACCGACGUUCCCCACUAAGUGGCGGUGAUGUCACCGCAGCCCAUUUUUUUUUGUUGUCGCCAGCAGAGCCUCCACGCACGUCUGCGCACGUGCGCGAGCAUCGAUGCGUACGCGCGCGAGCACUCUAGCGCGCGUAUACAUGUAGGAACAAUUACCUGCUAACUCUGUCUCGCAUUGAAUCCUGUGAGACUCGUAUUUUCUUGCCUUACAAAGAGCAGCUCAAUUGAGCCGCAUGCAGCUCAUUUAUAAAACAUCUCCUGUGCCCUCUCCUAUUUGUGUUCGUGGUUUGCAAGGCACAUCACACGUGGAGAAAUGGCACUAUCAAUGUGUCAGCAACUCCUAUAUCAAUACAGGAUUUUCAGUCAAAUUGGUUUCAUUUUUAUAGGGCAUACCACCACCACCACCUCCUCAAGCCCUCAAUUGAUUCGUCCAUCGGUAACUUCGUUGCCGCCUAUAAGAAUUGUGGGUCAAUAGGACUACGAGGAUCUAGUUUGGAGCUGGGACGAUUCGUCCAUUGAGGCGAUUAAUCGGCUAAAAAGAGUUGGCUAAAAAAAUGUUACGUUCUCACCCACCCCUACUGGGCAUCUGUGAAAAAGAGCUUUAUAGCUCAUCGGAUUCCACCAAUAAAAAUAACGAUUCUGAUUCUAAUAUUCUUGACAAUGGUUGCCCUGGCCCACGCCAUCCUGGGCCGGGAAACCGCCGAGGAGUUUCGCGCGGCGUGACGCAGCUAAUGGGGGAUUACUUCACCAAGCAACGCCCAUCACUUCCCGUUCAGCGGCACCAUGUACAAACAGAGGGAAUAUAUAUAUUUGUUUAUCCCUCCAACUGUUUUGGCGUCCUCUGGUUAGUCGAGUCGCGGAAACAAAGAAAUCAGUGCUGUAGAGAAAUGGAUUGCGGAAAUAGGCGGGUGUGGUGAUUAAAUGUUCUCCCCGUGGUCACGUGUAUUUUUCUCUGGGUCCUCCGGUUUUUCCCUCCACAUUUAGAAGCAUGCGUUUUGGGCCUUUGGCGGCUAUAAAUGUCCACGUGAUACGCCACUUCCUUGCGCUAUCUUACGUAGCCAGGUCGCUUCUGAAAAAGAGCCAUACAGCUCAGUGGGCCUUACCUGGUAAAAUAAAACGACAUGCCAGUUUUAUUUUUACUGACGUUCAGAGCUGGCAUAAUAGUUCAGCUAUGGGCUAUAUCCCAGCGCAACUUAAAUAAAAUUAAACUGGCAUAUACACUUAUUCAAUUACCGCACCCACCUCAAAGCACUUGACACCACUAGCCCGUGGGUGUCCGCGAUCAGUGAGCGAGUUUACAUGUGUACCGAUAGAAGUUGAACGUGACGCCGAGAACCCUAGACUGGUAGAGGGAAGGAGGUGCUGACCGUGCGAUGGGGCUGGACUCGGGAACGGCUCUCGAGAAACUACGCUUCAAAUGAAAUUUCUCCCAACCGCAAGUUUCAAGCCACAUUUUCUCCCGCCGCAAAUAAUGUUUGGCAUUUAUUUCGCUAUAAUAAAUAACUUAAUGGUAUUUUGGGGCUUUUUUUCCAUAAACAUGAACCUUGGAUUAGUAAGGGACAUUUUAUUUGAGGUUAACCUUCCACGCAGCAUACUUAACUCCGACUCCACAGACCACCCACUUCAUUCCGCCUGGUGUUUCUGAGUAUUCCAUAUUGCAACCCUCCUGGCUCUAGCAUCAGUAACGUACUGCGUACAAUUACGCAGUCGAAACAAUCCAGUCACUUUUCAAUGUUGGUUACUGCCCUUGUUGGAGGCCAACAUUUUGAAGGUUCCACCAGAUUAUUACUUUUGUAUUUGGUAGUUUAAUCCAUCUUUUUUUUUUAAAGGGGCCACAGACUUGGAGAGUCGAGUUAACCGGGACACGGGAGUGUUGCAACGCUGACUGAUUCGAGGUUCGGAACAAAGUUUCCGCUCAACACUUUUCUAUAUCCAUAUAUAGUUUAUAAUCAAUCCCUGAUGAAGGAUUUAUUUUCGUUUGUCAUAUCUAUAAUGAUUCUGAUUGCCAUCGUUGGGUUGUAUGCAUACCGUAUGUAUAGGUGACGCAUGCACAUAAUGUGAACUUUUAGCAAAAGGUACUUGCCAAAACUUGAAUUAAAUGAUCAUGUUCAUCAAGUGA